AUGCCAGUCCUUAAAACAGUAAAAUUAACCAAUAAGGCAAUCAACCAAGUCCCCUCUUCCUUUUUCACAAACUCUCCCCGAUUGGAAUCAAUUGGUCUCAUCCUAUUAGUCAACUCGAUCACAAUAGACAACACCAUAAAUCUACCCAAUCUUACUGAUUUCAAUAUGAUUUCCUCUUGUCAAAACUCAAUUGAUUGCCCCAUCAAUUUUACAACUCAAUCAUUUCCAAAACUAAAAAAUAUAUAUUUUCAAUCUUUGUCAGGAUCAAUUACAAUUAAUCAUGAUUUGAAUGUACCCUCAUCUACCAUAUCUUGUAUUGGUAAUUCAUUCUCCAAUAGCAAAUGCCAUUUAUUAUUUGGGUAUCCUCAACAAUUGGUCACUAUAUCCAUUUCAGGAAAUGGUUCAACCAUUUCACCAUUCCCUGUCAUAGGUGACAUUUAUCAAUCAUUGGUCAGUUUUGAAAUGUCAGAUACAGGACUUGAUACCUAUCCAAUUGAAACCUCUUAUCCACCUAAAUUAGAAAGAUUGAAUUUAAAUUCCAACAAGAUAUCAAGUGUUCCAAGCUUCCCACUCCCAUCUUCAAUGACUUCACUUAAUUAUUACAACAAUUCCAUCACCGAUUUGGAUGCAAACACUAUGUUUUCAGCCAAUGUGAGUCUUGUCAUAUUCAAUAUGAAGGAUAACCCUGCAUUUGAUGAUACCAUUACACAGGCCUAUUGCAAAGCUGGUCUCCAAGCUCUAAACACCGCCAUUACCAACUUGCCAGAUUGUCUUUGGUGCUAUUAUAACUAUACCACACUCAUUCAAACCUCCGUACAAUCCCCAACCAAUUUUGUUUGUGAUUAUUCAAUUAAUACUCCACCAAAUGGAUUAUUUAUCUCUAAUCAGGGGUACUUAACAGUUACUGGUAUAAAUAUUGGGUUUGGAUCUUACAAACCUGCUAAUUAUUCAAUGAAACCACUCAUUGGAAAUCAAAUGAUUCAAGUCUACUUGACCACUCCACCACUGCAACCAACAAAUCUAACAAUUCAAUGGGGUUCAGUCAUAGAUGCAGUUAAUAACAAUAAUCCUCCAAAAUCAGUAUUGACCAUUCUAGAAGCCGGUAUUAAUUUGGUCCCUAUUAUCAAAACCAAAACCUAUGGAUUCGUCGAAAUUAAACUUUUCUUGUCAAGAUUCAACGCCUUCCUAGAUCAUACUUGGGUACUUGAUAAUUCACAAAUUUGUACAGCCUCUGAUCCCACCGGUGGAAAUAUCAAUGUCAUAUGUCCGACCCCUAGAAACGAUCCAGGACCUUAUCAACUGCAUGUUGCCAAUCCAUAUGUGUCGCGGACAUAUAAUUUCAGUAUUCAGUAUCCAUCUGUUGCCAAUGCCAGUCCCAUUCCAUUUUACCACGGAUCAAUUAUCUCUUUACCUGGAUACUAUGGUCCAACUUUUGCAUCCCCAUCAGUUUCUAUCCUCUAUGGAGUUGGUAGUGUCGAACCCGUCAGCUGCCAAAUUCAAUCUAUUUCUCAAUACUCACUGGUGAUUAUUGCCCCAUUGCCAUUAACCCAAAAUGGAUUUUAUUUCAAUGUUACAGUCGAUCAAACUUUGUCAGGACAGUAUGGUAAAAUGUUCAGUGCCCAAGAAUUAUGUCAACAAUCAACCAACAAUUGUCAUGGUAACGGUCAGUGUAAUACAACUGGUCAAUGUGUUUGUAAAAGUAAUGCAUAUUAUUUUAAUUGUUCAAAACCAUAUCCAAUCAUAUCUUCUGCCUAUUUUAAUGAAACAAACAACAAAAUAAUUAGUAUUAAUGGUGAUUUUGGACCUUUUGGACAAUCAAACUUAUCAAUUAAAAUUAAUAAUACUUUGGAUUAUACGAGUGCAAAGAAUAUAUUAUAUCUUAGACAACCUGAUAAUGGAGGUAAUAAUGGUACUACUACUGGAUCGACCACUACAACUACUGAUUCAACAUCAACAACAGGUGGACCAACAACAGAUACACCACAACAACAAUGUGAAAAACAAACAUCAAAUUGUUAUGGUCAUGGUACUUGUGAUAUGAAUGGUAUUUGUCAAUGUCAAGAUAAUUAUAAUCCAGAUGAUAAUUGUUUUACAAAGUUUAUAAAUACAACGAUUACACCAAAUACAACCUCACCAACAGUAUCAUUUGAUAUUGAUGGAAUUGAUUUCCAAUUUGAAGUUGUAUCUAUUCAAGAAUUGGAUUUUGAUAGUAAUAUUGCCAAAGAAUUAUUUAUUUCAAAUUAUACUUGGAUUGUGAAUGCAUCAACCAAUAAUAUUACAACUAUUGUUGAUUAUCAAUUAAAUACAACUUUAAAAGACAACACUACAACCGAUAUCAACUCUAUCCUAUUCCAAUCAGUUAGUGUACUAUCAACGAUAUCAUUCUCAACACAAUCAAGAGAUAUUCAAUUUGGAGAUCAACAACUUCACAUCAAUGCCAACUCGAUUAAACUAUCAGUCAAUGUUACAAAUUGGCAAUAUUCAUCAAACUUGGCAACACUCAGAGUUGUAUUUAGAACAAUCACCAUCAACAAUCAAACAGUUGAAUACGAUUGCAAUGAAAAAGAGAUCGAUCCAUUGACAUAUGAUUCAUUGUCAUCAUUGCAAUACCUCAGAGUGAUCAAAGAUGAUAUUCAAUUCAAUGGUCGAUUUAUUGAUGUUGCACUUUCAGAUGGUCGACCAACCUAUUCACAAACACAACUCAUAUCAUUGACACAAUCAAGCAGCAAUGAUGAACAAUCGAUUGCAUUGAUUGGUAUCAACUUACCACAAUGUCAAUCAUGUGUUCUCGAUCCUGAUUUCUCACCAUUAUUAAUUGACAAGAGUAAUGAUAGUGGGUGUGGAGACAGUAAAUCAAAUACAUGGAGAAUCAUAGUUGGAUGUGUUGUUGGUGGAGUUGGUGCUCUCACCAUCACAGCAGCAGCAACCAUCGCAAUCAAAAAGACACAAGCCAAGAUGAGAAUCAACAAAAAAAUGCAAAUGAGAUUACAAUCAUUGAAUUAG